AUGGCCAAUGUCCUGGAGCGACUGGGGGCAGAGUGGCCUGGCCCGCGGCAUGUGACGCUCGUCGCCGAGACGUACCCGUCACAGCAUAUGGUGUGCAAGAAGAACGUGCCUCAGGUGGACACAGGGACGCAGACCACCCCUUCCAUCGAGAUGCUCCUGAAGCAACGGCGGCCACUGGGCAAGAGGAAAGGGAAAAGCAAGGAUGGGAGCUGCAGCCAGGCUCGGUGCGCCUCCCAGGCCAGCUGCGACAGGGACAGCGUCCCCCAGGCACCGCGGUCCACGGCUCCCAGCCUCACCAACGUGGCCAGCAGUGGGAGGCCGGGCGCACCAAUGGCCAUCACACCCCACAGCAGGAAGAGCGAAGUCUUGUGCAACCUCUAUACGAACGUGUAUGACAAGGUGGGAGAGGAUCAGGACGAGGCUGUGCUGGAGAUGGAAGGCCUGGAGGUGGCAUGUCACAUCCCGGCCAAGACAGAGAUCUCGGAGGCCCCCCGCAGCCCCUUGGCCAUCCCCGCAGGGCUGCCACGAGCGCGCUUCAUCUUCCACGCCAUCCGGGACGGACAGAUCCACGUGGAGGACCUGCCACAGGUGCUGCAAGCGCUGGGGCUGCCAGUGAGCGACGCAGAGCUGAGGCAGGCCCUCGAGCUCGUCCCCGUCGAUGCGCACGGGAACCUUGACUUCCACGGCUUCCUGGGUGCCCUGAGCCAGACCACAGCCGCUGCUGCCACCUCCGAAGCUUUCCAGCCCAUCUACGAGGCCUUUGGCAAGAUGAAGCAGGGCUCCAUCGCUGCUGCUGACCUGCAGCCCGUUCUGCUCAGCCUGGGCAUCCGCCUGCCACCUGGGACACUGCAGGAGAGGCUGCAAAACGCCCAGGGGGAGGUGAACAUCUCCAACUUGGUGGCAGCCCUGGGCGACUCUGAGCACCACCGCAAGGACACGGAUGAGUGUGGCCCCCUCACAGAAAGCGGAGAUGCAGUGUCCGCCCGGCAGGAUCCUUUCAAGCAUGUCGACGGGAUCAAAGCAGAUAACACUGAGGCUGCAAAGCUGCGCUCCAUCCUCCAAACCACGGGCAUCCACCCGACAGAGCAGGAGUUUGAGGAGGCUCUGCAGAAGGUGGCUCCGGAAACACCAGAAAAUGCCGUCGGUGCUGCCAGUGCCUUUGAGAGUGACCAGCUGGCUACGAGUGACCUGGUGGCCUGCACAAACCAGCUGGGCAUCCAAGAGGGACUGGAGAAGGCUUCUGCGGACACCAUGCAGGAAGCCUUAGAGAUCCUCAGCAAAGUCAAGAACAACCAAAUGGAGGUGUCCCAGCUGGGAGAAGUUCUGGCCAACAUGGGCAUUGUGCUCCCAGAGGAAGAGCUGCGGGAGGCUCUCAGCAGGGUCCCUGUCACCGGAGAUGAGAAGGUGAAUUUUAAAGCAUUUAUGAAAAGCUUGACCAGCACCAGGAGACUCUCUGAAACCGCACGGGAUGAGGUUGACAUCCAGAACCUGGACUCUAUCCUGGGCACCAGAGGGGCCCCCUUAACCAGCAAGAACCUGCAGGAAGCCUUUGGACACACCACAGAGGACAGUGUGGCUGUGGAUAAUCUGGGCUCUGUCCUGGCCACCAUGGGGAUCCGCUUAACCCCAGAGCAGCUGCAGGAAGUGCUGAGUCGUGCUGAUGGGGACAAGGUCAGCAUCCAGGACCUGGACUCCAUCCUGGGCACCAUGGGGAUCCACCUGACCAGUGAGGAGCUGCAGGAAGCCUUAGGACACACGGCAGGUAGGGCUCAUGGGAAGGUGAAUUUGAGUGAAUUCAUGAAGGCAGAGAAGACGGUCCAGAAACCACCCCUGGGGAAAGAGGACAAAGUUGAUGUCAGUAAUGUGGGCUCCAUACUGGCCACCAUGGGGAUCCAUUUAACCCCAGAGGAGCUGCAAGAGGCAUGGAAACAUGUCCCAGUGGAUGAAGGUGGUGAUGUUAGCCUGAGUGCAUACCUGAGCAUGAUGAACACACGGAGACCAUCACAGGCUGAAAGGAACCGGGUGGAUAUCCGGAGCCUGGACACCAUCCUGGGCAGUGUGGGGAUCCACCUUACCAAUGAAGAGAUGCAAGAAGUGCUGGAGCAUGUAACAGUGGAUUCUGAUGGAAAGGUGAAUUUAAGUGAAUUCAUGCAUCAAGUCAAAGCUAUCCAGUCCACAGCCCAAGGAGCAGCGUUCCGCAAUGCUUUCAACUUCUUCCCUAAAGACCCAGAUGGCACUAUUAACCUUCACAGCCUGCAGGAGACCGCUAAGGAGCUGGGGAUUAGCUUAACCAGUCAAGAGGCGAGCAAUGAGCUGGUGUAUGCAGAUGCCGACAGAGACGGCAAGGUGAACUUCUCUGACUUUCUGACCAUUGUUACUGACAACAAGUGUUUCAUGCAGGCAAUAGUCCCGGAGAAAAAUUAUACAGGCAACUUUGACUCCAAGGAUGCCAGAAGGAUCCUGCUUUUCGAAAUCUUGUCGAAACUGGUGGAAUUGGCUGCUCUGCCCCGGAGAACUCUGCUUGAGAUUGUCAGGUACUACCAGCAGAAGUUUAUGAAUUGCACUGGCCAAAAAGCCUGGAAGGAUUCUGACAAUUCAAUGUAUUGUAAAAAGAGGCACCACAAAAUUAGAAAAGAUCAGGCUUAUGUAUCUUCCUUUGUAAGCGCUGCCCGCAUCUCUGUCAUGAAUGAUAAAGACUUAGUAGCUUAUGUGGAGGGCCUUAAAGCAUGUGUACCCCUUUCAGACAGCCCUUAUGCUGAGGUACCCAUCUUCCCGCUGAUUCCUAAACAAGACACAAUAAUAGCAGGAAGGCCAAAAAAAGAUUUGCAGAAGCUGGAGAGGCAGAGAAGGAAUGAACCAAUAGCUUCGUCUGAGAACUUCUUCCAUAAGAGAAACUGGCUGCAGGAGAUGAAGAGGGCAACCCAACUGUACAGGCAGGGCCUGGCCCUCCACGAGCGCGCCAGGCUGCUGAGGCUGUGGCGGAGGAUCCGCGGGGGCCAGAUCGCCCUGGAGACGGGCAGCGAGCGCUUCCACCACAUCUUCUCCGUCUACUCCUGGUCCUGGAACACGUGCCAGGAGCUGGUGACGCCCGACGACCUCCGCAGGGUGGAUAACGAGCUCUACCGCAGGCCGCGGGGCUCCAGCACCCGGGCGAGCCGGGCCGCGGCGCGGGGGCAGGGGAUAGUUCACCUUAUUUUUUACAACAGGGAUAAUGUGGAAUGGUCAGAAGAGCAGGAAGCCAGUGCCAGAAGUAAAGUUCAACAGAACAGCUCACAGCUAUUGCCACAAGAUAAACAAGAGGAGUAUGAGGUGAAUGCUAACAGGUACUGGGAUGACUUUUAUAAAAUCCAUGAAAAUGGCUUCUUCAAGGACAGACACUGGUUGUUCACUGAAUUUCCUGAGCUGGCACCAAAUAGAAACCCAAGUCAAAAUGAGGUUUCUGGGUACAAAUGCAGUUAUGAAGAGGAAUCCAACAGUGAAGGCCUGGGAAGCUGUGAAAAUGGACAUUCGUUGGGGACCAGGGCAGAGAAUGAGUUAAACCUGAUAAAAAGCAAACCCACGUUCUGCACAGAGGAGUCGGCUACCCAGAAGCACAGUGAGCUGAAUCAAAGUGAUGGAGAUUACCCAGGAUCCUCUGCAACUUACCGUAUAUUAGAGGUUGGCUGUGGUGCUGGAAAUACAGUCUUCCCAAUUUUACAAACCAACAAUGACCCAGGGCUUUUUGUUUAUUGCUGUGAUUUUUCUACGAUAGCUGUGGAUCUUGUCCAGACCAAUGCGGAAUACGAUUCUUCUCGCUGCUUUGCAUUUGUCCAUGACCUGUGCAAUGACCAAAGUCCUUUCCCAAUGCCAGAAGAGAGUCUCGACAUUGUUAUUCUUAUUUUUGUUCUCUCAGCGAUUCUUCCAGAGAAGAUGCAGUGCAUUGUUAACAGACUGAGUCGCCUUCUGAAGCCAGGAGGAAUGAUUUUGUUACGAGAUUAUGGCCGUUAUGACCUGGCCCAGCUUCGGUUUAAGAAAGGUCAAUGUCUGUCUGAUAACUUCUAUGUGAGAGGUGAUGGCACCAGAGUCUACUUCUUCACACAAGAUGAAUUAGAUGAUCUCUUCACAACAGCUGGGCUGGAGAAGAUCCAGAAUUUGGUUGAUCGGCGGUUGCAAGUGAACCGUGGGAAACAAAUGACGAUGUAUCGAGUAUGGAUCCAGUGCAAAUACCGCAAGCCUGUUGCCUCUCAGCUGUGAGGAAAAGGAGCAUGCUUUUUAGAUGGGAGCUUCUCUGUGGCCUUGUGCAGUGUCUCCUCCUAGUGGGAUGUUGUGAUAGGAAGGCCAGCACACGCAGGACCUCAGCGCCUUUUACAAUGCCUAGCGUCACUUCAAGUGAGUUGUGCUAAGGACGAGUGCUCUAAGAGGAGACCAAGCAGUACCUAAUGUCUUACUCGCAGUCUUGGUUUUUUAAAUAACCAUUUCUUAAGUUAUUAAAAACAUGAAUUAUCUCCUGUCUUACAGCAGCUGAGCAAGUUGAGUAACAAGACACUCUUACUCUGAAUUUCCAUAUGAAGCAGAAGGAAACCUUUGACCUCACCUCUGUGCGGUGUACUAUUGUCUUGGGAGCAAAAACCAUGCAACCUGUAAAUCUGCUCUUCUCUGCAACUGGUCGCUAGGCCUAAUAUGGAUCCCUUAGCCAGCUUAUUUCAUCCCUCUCUCUUCUGUUUUUGCAGGCUUGUGCAUGUCCAGAUGUUAAAUUACACUGAAUGAGGGCAUGAACUGAGAGCAUGCUAGCUUUUCUGUGCCAGCUUCCUCAUGGAUGCCUCAUGGUGUGCAGGUGACUUGCAGAGAAAGCAAAUAGUGCUGCCUUGCCAUUACUGUCCACAAGGAUGUUCAUCUGAGGAGCUAGUAUAGUAUGGCUCAGGUGCUGUACACAUCCGGGCGGAUCCAGAUUUUUCAAAAAUGUGGGGCUAUUGCCAGUUUAGGGCACCUCUGGAGUGCAGGGAAUCAGAAGCAGUUCACGGGGCCAGGGCUUACGUUGAAUCCACUACUUGCUUUUUCUGCUCGAAAGGUCAGAACCGUUUUUGUUCGCUGCAACCCCCAGGUCACAAGAUCCCAGGUCACAACUACUCUGUUGUGGUGUGCUAAACCCAGGUAGACAAGACAGCUGUCUUUGAUAAGAAACCUGAAGACUGUCUACCGCUUAUGUUAAUUUUUUUAGAGGAAGCCAACGCUGUGGCUUUCUGAAGGUAUUCCCCCACCUUUGACAGCAGAUAGCUUUUAUCUCAGCUUGUUUUCUUUUAUUAUUUUGAAGGUGUGGUACAGCAGAUAUUAGAAUAAAUUUUGAGGUAACAUAUUCCAGUGCUGGUUUGAUUUAAUAUAAAUCAGCCUUCCACAGAAACUCACAUGCUUCUGGGCCCCUGAUCUGAAGGAUUUGUUACACUAUUAAGUGACUGUAGUUUGUCUUCUCUUCCAUUAUCGUGGCUCUUGCCUGAUGCCUUGUAUUAGUUCAAGAGGCAAAAAGGCCUAUGAUGUGUGCACUGCUGGCUCAAGAGCAGUUCAUGCUGCAUGGAGCAUGUAUCUUCUGUUAGCUGGACAAUUGUAUUCAUGGCUUACAAUUGCCUAAGAAUAACUGUCAACUAGAAGGACACAUAGGUGAUGAAAUAACUGCUGUCUUGAAAUGAGGGAGAAAGGAUAAAGAGAUGAGGAAGUGUCAUUGCUACAUUGGGAGAGUCUACAAGAGUCUUCAGUGAGUGGAGUGGAGCAUCUUGCUUUGUAGAGCAUUGGAAUGGGCCGUAGUAAUUGCAGUGGUGCUCUCUGCUGUGUCAUCAGGCAGCACGUUCGGUUCAUAACUUCCACAGUCGGUUUGUCACCCUGCAGGUAUCAGUAUGUUCUGCUAAUGGAAGGCUUUUGGGUCAGGAUCUUCCAGCCCUUCCUGCAGAAAGAUGACCCAGCAAAUCCAUUCACCCAGGACAAAGGCAGGCUGCAGUGCUGCCGCAGGAAUGAAGAUGUGCCAUUGCUGUUUUGAAAUCUAGGUUUUUAAAAUAGUAUUGAAAAGGAAUCAAACAACUGGGAAGAGAAUUCUUGUCCAAUUUGUUGCGCUUCUGUCCUUUUCCUGAAGGGUUAAGAGACCUUUGAGUGUCUGCAAAUGACAUAGGAGAAGAUAGGGCUUGAAGCAGUUGUUUUUGGAAGGCAGAAAUGCAGUACAGAGAUGAUUUUCCUUCCCAGCUACUUUGUGACCUUUUCUGCUUCUACGUUUUCUCUCCUUUUCUGUAGAGGCAACUCAAAAAUCAUACCUCACUGCUGACCUGCCCUUGGUGCAUCUUCACUAGGGGGCAUAGUGUAGAUGUGCCUGCACCCGGGAGGAGUGAGUGUUCCUUGGCUCUCCAAUGCCUGCUGCUGAGCUUGUGGGCUUAAGAAGCUGAAGGGAACCACAGUGCUGAAGACAGAGGAGGCACUCGAGGAGAGUCUAAAUUCCCUUUCAGUCUCUCCCACUUGCCCCUAAUGCUGGGCACAAGCCUGCCUCAAACCAGAGACCGUGCAGCCACUGUUAUGUUUUCGAGCUAGACCUACAAAGUCUGGCCCCUUGGCAAGGUUGGUACCUCAAGCAAAGUCUAGGCAAACCACAGCUCAAGGCCUCUGGGAGCUGAGCAACUUCCUGUGUCCUCGUCUUAUCCAGGCAAAAAAUCAGGCUUAGCAAAGAAGUCCUGUGAGCGUUUAACGUGACAUGAGUCAUGUAACCAGCUCUGUUGCCUCCAUUGAAAGACCUCCCAUGUGUUAUUGGUACCUGAGGCAGUUCCCUGGGGUCCUUUCCCUCCUCGUUCCUAAAGGGAGCCCUCCUUCUGGGAUAUCGUUAUCUCCCUGGAAGAAGAAUUAUUGGCUGGGGUAAACAAGCACCAUAAUUAGUGUGAAAAAUGCCUUAUUAAUCAUCCAAGGUUUUGUAAGCAACACAGGAAAAUAUAUUUUUAAUUAUAAACAUGGUUUAUUUAAAGUUGAUGGACUCCCCUUUGAGUGUAAACUCCUGAAUGGGAGAAAAUGAAGUCUAGUAAUUCAUUUGUUACUACUUUGAAGGCUACAUCCCGGUUGUCUGCCUGGUUUUAACUUGGGCUUCAUGCAAAAACUUGCAGCCCUGUGAGCCUGCAGCCAUUAAUGUGGCUCAAUGCCUUUCUUAAUGCUCCUCAUUCCGCUUCUGCUGAAGUAUUUAAGCCAUCACUCAAAGUGAACCGUGCUGGGCAGACAUGCUUUUGUUUCCGGUUAUGUUGCUGGUGUUCAGAGAGCAACAAGUUACUGGCCUUGGAUUGAGCCAGGCCUCCUACAGAUAGAUACUGUCUGAGCUUCCUUCAUUAAUCUCUCUGAAACUGCUGCGCUCCUACUACUCCAGGCCUUGCCUCCCACGCACAGUUCUGCACAGGUACCUUGGUCCUGACUUGCAGCAGCUUCUGCCAUUCCCACCUUGGGCCUGCUAAGCAGACUGGGUUGCACAAUGGCUUUCUAGCAUGUGCAAAGCAGAUCCCCGAACUCACUUUUGCUACAUUGAAAAGCCAGGUUGAGUGCCCUUCUGGUUUUCCCCUUUAGCAGUGUCACGUUAGCUUUAAAGCCAUUCUGCCCUGCAUAUCUGCCCUGGUUUUGUUCCCAGUGCUCCAGCCUUGUGGUCUGUAGCUGACAGGCACUGCCAACGUAGCUUGUCGAACCUCCCAAGCAGAAGAGAUGAUUUCAUAGCCCUUCUGAGGCACUGCCCCUGUGAUUCUGGAGCCAGACAUUGUUACACUUCAGGAAGCCUGGUCCUGACUCUUGCCAGGGGAUGGUGGAUUUCCUUGGAGGUUCGUGGAUUGUUUUGGCUGGAAGGAAACUUUUUCAUCACCUAUUCUGACCCUCUGCAUAACCCUUUCAUGUAGGGAUUAUGGCAUCAAGCCUGUGACUUAGGAUGAGCCAGAAACACGCCUUCAGAAAGGCUUUCAAUCCAGUAUUGAUGCUUAGGGCUCCAGUGACUGGCAAAAUAACCUUUGCGUCCCUAGGUACGUUUUUCCUCUUGCAGCAUCCUGAUUUCACAGAUGAGCUAGAAAUCAGAAGGGGGGAGGAGGGGUGCAGGAGAGGUAGAGAGAAUAGAAAGCUGGAAGUAUUCCCGAUACUCUCACUUCCAAAUAAAUAGAGUACAUCUGAAAUUCCAUUGAAAAUUGGAGCUUUCUCAGAACCUUUCUGAUAGCAUAGGAAUGUGGGAAACAUAGCAAUCACCCUUAGUAACUUUUAUUGUUAGAACAGUAGUCAUUAAAAGCUUCUGUUGAGACCAGACACAACUGUCUUCUCUCCCAAACACUUCAGAUCUGCCUUCUCAGAGAGUGUCACCAUCAUUUCCAGGUCUCUAUUUAGUUAUAGACCUCGAGGACCAUCAAGACCUGAUUUUUUUUAAAUAAAACAGAGGAGUGAGCGGUAAGAACCUGUGUGUAAACAUACCUGCUGUUCUCCGUCUUGCUUGUCCAUCCUAACCAAAGCUAAAAGAGUUUCUUUUUAUCUUUAGCAUUGGGAUGCUAAAGUCCAGCCAGGCUGGGCCCCUGGCUAGUCCCAGGCUUUAUUCACGCUGGGAAUCACAGGCCCAAGCUGAACUUUACUGUUUUUCUUGAGCACAAACAAAAGAUGCACAGGUUUUGGCGCCUGGAAGAAAUGAGGCUGCUGAGAAGGAUGAGACAGCAGGGAUCACCUUGUUCAGGGAUUUGAGGAGUGUCCCUCCAUCUUUGUAAAGGUAGAUGGAAAGAAACUGGAUCAUGCAGGGAUGGGAGGAGGUCUCUUCCUCGUUCUCCUAAUUGGUCACCUGGACCUUCUUUGUCAAUCAGAGGAGUGCCACCACUUUUGGUUUUGCCAUAUUGGGGGAAGCUGGUCCAGCGUAGAAGAGACAGAAUCAGAAUUAGCAGAAAGCCUUGAAUGCCCAGGAUCAGUUUUGCUCUUGUAGUUAUUCAUCUCCCUGGCAGCGGUGUGCGCCUGGCACAUACCUCUUUGUACAGUUGUCCAUAACACUCUGAUUCUAGCAGCAUUGUCUUACGCCUUCAGGGCAUGAUAGAAAUGAUUAGAAAAGUAAGGAGGAGGGAGGAACUUUUUAGAGAAGUCUCCUUCAACAUGAGGCGCUCUAGAGGAAAAGGAAUUGUCAACUCUGUGCUUAAUCAGCAAUGCUCUGGAAUCGGAGCUUAGCUCUUGCUGAAGGCAGUAAGUUCCUGUGCUUAAAUGCCUUGCUGGAUGGGAAUUUGUGUUGCAGAGCAAGUGGGACGCAGUGCAGGAAAUUAAUUGUGUAGGCAACAGUGAGGGCUAAUUUGAACUAAGUGGGAUACAGCUACCUUUGUUAUGGAGAGAGCAAGCCAGACCUGGCAACUUGGCUGGUGAACAAGCAGGGAAAAACGAGAGCAGCUUAGCCAUGUGCACUUCGCUGUUUGCCUCCUGCCUGGAAGCUAUGUUGGUGUGAUGAAAGGGCCCUUCCAGUGAAGGCUUUUACUCUUUAAAAUGCAGUCUUUGACCCUCACUCGCAUGUGACAGCAGUUGAAUCAGUGGGACCUGGCUGUGAUUGGAAAGCGUUGAUGGCAAACGCUAACAUGUCAGCAGCUGCCUGGAGCUCCCAGCCUGUCGGUACAUGGCUGUCUCCAGGAAGUAGGAAUGUCCUGGUGAGAAUGGGACCCUGCUGCCCUAAUCCAACCUCCCUUGCAUAGACUAACCCCGAAGAGCCUUCACUACAAGUGCCAACACAGAGCGUGUGAGCAGUGGUUAGAUUUUAGGGUGGGAGAGCUAGACUCGACCCCCGUAUUCAGAUUGUUUUAAGGCUUUGUAGUCCAAAGGACUCUUGGAGCUCUUGCAUUUUCAUUGUAUUUGGGGGUUUUGGGGUGUUGCCACCACAAUCCUGUGGCCUGUGAAACUUUCCGUCAACUGCAACUGAAGUGGGAAAUCGCUGUUUGCUGUCACUACUUGACUGGGUCAUAGAGGCCAGGCUCACAUCUCCGUGACGUUCACAGGGCACGCUGGGGAUCUGCCAUACAGCUAUAAAUGGAGAGAUGCCCCACCACCCUUCACCAGGGGUGCCCUGGAUGUGACUUUCCUCUUUUAGAAGGAAAACUGGCCAGUCUCCUCUCACUGCUUCAUCCAUGGGACCUGGCACAAGGCACUGUGCCGAUACUGCACGUUACAGCCUUUAAUUACAUAGUCACACAUGUUUUUUCCACAUUCAAUGCCAAGGAUGGAUGCGAAGAGGUCGAUCCAGGUUAUAUGGAGAACUAAACUGGCUUUUCUGUAACUUCAAGUGAUUUCUUCCCUUCUGAGACAAGCCUUGUAAUGAAGGUGGGUAUGUAUUUACACACGUUCACACAGAGACAUGAAUAUUCUUACAAAAAUAUGCAUGCAGUAACUCCAGCUUUACAAUAGGAUGUUGAUUUAAUUUUCCUCUUACACAAAUCUCAGAGCAGUUUGUUUAAUUGAAGCUUUCAAAAACCCUGGAAGGUAGGGUGUUAUUAUGCCCGUUUUAUGCAGGAGGAAGAGAAGCAGGGGGCAAAUCCUGCCGAGAAUAAUAUCCUCUUGUAUGCUAGGAAGCUAAUCGCGAACGAGGACAGGGAAAGGUGUGCUGGCACGAAAAGGGAAAGCGCGUCCUUUCAGGUGCGUGCAGAGCAAACAAUGGUUUUCGCCAGGGCCGUGUUCAUUUUCCUUCCUGUGAGUUUUGGUUCGUCUUGGCAGGGCUGUGGCUGCUGCACGGGCCCACGGCCCGGUCCUCCGGGCAGGCAGGACACGCGCUCCCUUGGAUGGGGGCGCCGUGCUGAGCUCGCGCUCGGCUCGCUGCAUGUGUGGAGGCCGAGCGAGCUGGAUGCUUUCCGACUGGGUUGGGGUGUCAAAGCCUCGCCGCUGGGAUCCCUGAAGGUGUAGACGGAGGGAGGGGCAGGAACAACCUCGGAGAUAAAGGCCAUUGUGUGGGAGGGUGGAGGCUCUGCGAAUGGCCUCGGGAAGGAGUCAGGUGAUGGCAUGUUAUCUCUGAGUAGCUGAGCCCUCAGCUUCCGCUGAGCCUAAUGAAAAUGGGGAGAGACCUUUCUAAUGUGCCUAGGGAGAGAAAGUCUAGGCUGGGAGCCCCAGCCUCACUAGACGCUAGAGAAUCCACACGAGCCUGCACUGGUUUGGAUGCCCUAAGUCUAGAAAAAGUCUUCAGUUGCAAUUCCUGCCUCAUCUACUCUGCAGACAAAGGCUGGUCUCUCCUGGAUGUGGUGCCCAGAGGUGAGGUCAUCCCCUAGUGCUAAAUCUGUAAGAAACCUGUUGAGUACCAAAGUAUUUUUGCUUUUUGUCUGAACGGCUGCAGACUUCUCAGAUUUGAGACCACCAGCUUUUAUGUUUUAAAGGUUCGAGCUAUUUGAUGCUUUCCUCGAGUCCCCAGCUCCUGGAAUCCUCCUAUCACUGAGGAAUCUCAGCUCUCCUUUUCCUGUACGUGUUGCAUUAUGCAAGUGCAUUCCUAGGCCUUCACACUGGUACAGAAAUGCUAGGAAAAAUGCAGUUUAAAUAUUUUACAAAGGAAAGGCACCAAAACCACAUUUUAAAACAUCAGGAGCUUGUCUUCUGAUGUUUAAUCUUUCCAGAAUUCUAUGGGGAAAGAAAAAAAUUUGUUACAUGCUAUGAUAAAUGAUCUGUAAAAUCUUGUCACGUUUUGGUCAAAUCUAACGUGGGUUAACAGUGAAGCUGUGAUGGGGAGCCUGGGUUCUCCUCCUGUUCCCAAGCAGAAGUUGCCGGGUGGAGAGGAGCUCUCGGAGACUGCUCAAGUCGAAUUUGAUGACAAAGACGAUGGCUGCGGAAGCUGAACAGUUCUAAACAAGCGAGACGUGCCAAGGAUACUGCUGACAUCCAGGGAGACCGACGCAAGGAGAUGAGAGCUGCCGCAGAGGGACGUAGUAGGAAGCAUUAGCGCUGGCUGAUAGCAGACCUGGAGAGCAGGCUGCUGUAAGGGAGGAAUCUGGCAGAGACAGCAUGGUGUAGGAGGGCUGGCUUGCCCCCAUGGAUGAGAUAAUAUUUGGUCAGUCAUAUGCGCUUACUGCAUUGCUCAUAACCAUCCCUUCCGCCAACUCUCAGACAGGCUCCUCUCAACAGAGCAGAGCUCAGGGGCUCCAGCCUCUUAGGAAGUUGAUGAAAAGGGGGGAGGAGAGGAGAAGAAGCGUUUUCUCAUGUUGCACAAGUGUGGGCUGGAAGUUUUCUUAUUGCAUGAAAAUUCUCAAAGGUGCAAAUAGUCUCUUGUCUUGAUGCGGGCCAAUAAGUCAAACAUACUGAAAAUGUUUGCAAACUGAAAUACUAUGGGGAAAGUCAAAUUCGGGUCAACAGAAUUUUAGAUUCCUAACUCUAAGCAUUUAAUUUUGAUGUUUUAUAGGUUUUUACAAGUGCUGUCUUACAAUUUGACAUUAGAAUUUUUAAUUCAAUCAGAAUUUUCCUGUAUAAAAUGUUUAAAUAUUUAAACAUUUCAGUCACUUUGAAUGAUAAAACCUUCCCAUUUAAAAGCAGAAAGUCACAAAGUGACAUUUUCCUGCCAGAAGCCCAUUCCAAUGAGUUGACUUUUCUUAUUUAAAAAAAAAAAAAAAAACAGAACUUAAAAAAAAUUUCCACCCCUCCUCUGCUGAGUCCAAACCUGGGGGAUUGGCUCCUGCAGGAGCUAAGACCGUAACAAAGAGUCCAGCUGUGGUGUGUCCUACCACCAAUAAAUGUGUUUUUACCUUGGGGACCCGAAUGCUGUAAUACUGUAAUGAUGACCUUGUGAUUAAGCAUUUUAUAUCACAAUAGUACCCUCUGGGUGGAAGCUGGAUUGAGGCCACGCUCUGCUGAGGGAGAGACAGAGCUAAAGAGACUAUUGCUGUUCAAGGGAGCCCGGUGCAUUGAUACAGCACGGUAAAAAGUGAAGUUUCCACAUGGGGACAGAUGGUGCAUCCUUGCUCAAAGCGAGUGUCAUGAUGGAUUUGAGGAAGAAAACAUCUGAGAUCUUCGAUUUAUGGGCUAUUUCUGCAUUUAUGGGCUAUUUCUGCACUGGGAAAUUGAUCCAGUAACUCCCUGCUGCGGCUACCAGACAAAUUCAUCUAAAAUCCCUUUGUACCUACCUGGUGCUUUGCUGACGGCAAGCAAUGACUUUAAAGGCUGCUCCAGAAUUGUUAGGAGACUGCCUGCAGCCAGAAAAACAGUUGCUACUUGUUGCUUCCUUCCCCCUCUGCCCCUUAAAAAGAUGACCUGCUCUGUCCUGCGUGAGCAGCUGUUUUGGCAUCCUGGAAAGGAAACUCGGGGGCUGAAAGCGUUGCCCUGAGCUGCUCCUUGGAGGAUGGAGGUGUAGAGGACAGUGUUUGGGUUUGCAGCAGGGCAGAGGGGAAGGAUGUAGGUUGUUCUGCCUGACUUCAGUGAGAACGAGAGCGAGCAAAACACUGUUAUAAGAUGCCAAACCGGAGCCUAUGGUCUUUUCCUCUUCUGGUAGUCAACCUACGUGAAAAGACCGAUGACUGCGUGGUCCUCUGCAGAGACAGAGCAAUGGAAGAGGAGGAAGAGCCACAGAAAGCUCCCUCUAAAAGGCGUGAGGAAAACUAGAUCAAAGUGACCCCGUUUGCUCCUAAUGCACAAAGACGGGGCAAGAGCGUAACAGACUCAGCGUCACAGUGUCCAAUUUCUGUUCAGUGCUCUGAGGUUAUUAACUGAUCCCUUUAAAAUUGGAGGCGUUUCUAGGUGAGGCUGCUGGGAUCCAGGAGGACCAAGGGGUUUUGGAAGUUGGGCUCUUUAUAGGCUCUAACAGCUUCCAGAUCUUCUCCUCCCUCCACCCAAAAUCAAACGGAAACGCACAAAUGCAAUUUAUACCUCCCCAAACAAUGUUAACUGCGUUACUAAUUAGCGCCCCUCUAAAUGGCUGUGAUUCGUUUACCAGCUGAUGGAAUAUUUACUCUAGAAUUUUUUUUUUUUAAAAAAAAAAAAAAAAGAAAAGAACACAUAAAACUAUUUAUUUAUUUAUUUUACACAUUGCUGCUGCUGGCUGUGCUGAAAAUGUGAAUCACCCAGCAGGAGCUGAAACUGGAGUGGCUCUCUUACCAAAAAACAGAUUAAAGCACAGGAAACACAGCUUGCGAGAAAAGACAGACGUUUUGAAAGCCAUCUGCAACACAAAGUUAACCAAUAACGCCAGUUUUGAAGUAUGAUAAAUUAACAAUUUUAAAAUAAUAGCGCUUCCUCUGUCAUGUUGCAAGAGCAUUUUUCCAAGCAGACCUCGCACUCCACCAGCUCUUCUGCCCGUCAUCACAUUUGCCAAAGUGGUAGAUUCCAGUUUGGUCAUAAAUUUCUCAUGAUUGGCUAAAGCAGAUUUGACUGCGGUGAUUGACUCCCAGAUACACGGACAAGAAUCUCUCUUUUAGUUACGGUGUCGUUUUGGGAAGGCAAAUCCUUUCUAAAGCGCCGGGAACUUCCACUCCCAUCGCUAAUCCGCGCCUGCCUCCCCUUGGACAGCCCCGGCCACUUCCUUUGCGAACAAGCCCUUGUAUUUCCCCCCCCCUCGCUUGUUUGCUUUUCCGAAAGCUGAUUCAGCCUUAAAGCAGACGGGGUUGCAAUGCCUCUCAGGGGCAAUUUGCAUUCUGCCCCCACCGUCUGGGAGAAAGGAGAAUAAAGGCAAAC